AUGAGAACUAGGUCACGGCUCUCCGAUCCGCCGACAGAGAUGAAGUUGGGGAGGAUUUCGAAGUCAGGACAGAUUAAAUCAGGCUUGAAGAGUCCUAGGAAUCAAGGAGGAGAGGAGGAAGAAGAUAAUCCGUUUGCGGAAGAGGAUUUACCAGAAGAGUAUAGGAGAGAUAAGAUUAGUUUAUGGAUUGUGUUGGAGUGUUUGAGUUUGAUUCUGAUCAUAGCUGCUUUGGUUUGUACGCUUGCGAUACGUUUCUUGCGUGACAAGGUAAUCUGUGAGCUUCAUCUUUGGAAGUGGGAGACUAUGGUGUUGGUUUUGAUAUGUGGUGGUAGGUUUGUCUCGAGUUGGAUUGUGAAGAUUGUUGUCUUCUUUGUUGAACGGAACUUUGUUUACGUUGUGAGAAAGGCUGUGCAGAAUUGCUUAUGGUUAGGGCUAGCGUGGCAUUUAUUGUUUGAUGAGAAAGUUGAUGAAGCUGCGGAUACUAAGGCGCUUCCUGUUGUGACUAAGAUUAUUGUUUGUUUGUUGGUUGGGUUCUUGUUGUGGCUUGUGAAGACGUUGUUGGUCAAAGUUCUUGCUUCUUCUCAGCUUUUCCGCCUUGGGUUCUUUUCCAGUUUCUGCACUAAAGUGUCCCACACUGUCUCCAGUGAGAUUGGGAAAGCUUUUGGAAAAACUACGUAUUUAGCCACAACAUUUAAGAUUGUGCUGCCAAGAGGAACCGAGGGAGCUAUGAGUGUUGAAGGAACAUUGGCUGGGUUUUUAGCAUCAUCUUUCCUUGCCUCUGGUGGCUGUUUCCUUGGUCAGAUAACUCCUCCAGAAGCAGCUGUAUGUGUACUAUCUUCCCAGAUUGCUAACCUUGGGGAAAGCAUAAUAGGUGCAUCUUUUCAAGACAUAGAAGGAUUCAAAUGGCUAAACAAUGAUGUAGUGAACGUGAUAAACAUAAGCUUGAGAAGCAUCGUGGCGAUAUUGAUGCAGCAGUUUAUACUCCAGAACUGA